AGUGUAAAGAAAAUAUCAUCUUCGAAGUACGCGACAAAGCAGGGAAUGUAUUAGAGAGCGCUAACAAUAGUGCUGGCAUUUAUUCAAUGCUUCAAGAUCCUCCCGAUGCACAGCCAACUGUAACGCGUGUUACGUUUUACAAAAAACAUGGAACAAAGACAACGCUGAAGUGUCCUGGGAAUAUGAAUACUGAUGCUCCAGCAGUUUGGCAAAUUGGGAAUAAAGUGGUGAAUCCGAAACUAAUAGCAAAACAAUCUAAAGACAGAAUUUACGUAAAUAUGAAGAAUCAUUUGGUAAUAACAGAACUGCUAUUUAUAGAUGCAAAUAUCUACAGUUGUUGGCAAAACGACGAAUUGGCUGGUACAAUACGAUUGGAAGUGACAGAAGAAGUUGAAGGAAUAAAAUUCGAUCAUCACGUAUUCAUGUUUGGGGCAAUUAUAAUAAUUACCAUAUUUCUUUACGUAUUCUGGAAGGCCUUCAAAGGCCGGAAACGUAUUACCAAGCAUUAAUUUUGUUGGUGAGUUGUUGAUGGGUUGAAUUACAAAUAAAAGAUCACAAAUGCGCGCUCUUUUAGCGACUGGUUGA